AUGUGUACGUGGUUUAAAAUGAAAUUAGAAAUCCAGGUGCCCAAGGGGACACCUAGGUGUUAUUUAGUAACACCCGCCUUGAAGAAAAACAUGGCAAGUGAAACUGCGGAAACAAAACUUCCUCAAAAGAAGUUUUAUAGGCAAAGGGCACAUUGUAAUCCAAUAUCAGAUCAUACGUUGGAUUAUCCAACAUGUCCCGAUACAAUGAACUGGCACCAGUAUUAUCCGGAUCAUUUCAAGCCUCACUCUGAAGAUAGAGACAAACAUGAUGAUGUGCAGGACAUUUUGGAAAAGAAGGAUGAUGUGUCUCGGGUAGAAUUUGCUGAUAUUGGCUGUGGAUACGGAGGCCUUCUAGUGUCACUAUCUCCGAUGUUCCCUGAUAAACUAAUGCUUGGCAUGGAGAUAAGAGUAAAGGUGUCAGAUUAUGUACAGGACCGUGUCAAAGCUUUACGGAUAAAACACCCCGGAGAAUACACCAAUAUAGCAUGUAUCCGUGGCAACGCAAUGAAAUAUCUGCCAAACUUCUUCAAAAAGGGACAGCUCUCAAAGAUGUUCUUCCUGUUUCCCGAUCCUCAUUUUAAGAGAACCAAGCACAAAUGGCGUAUCAUCAGCCCAACCCUCAUUGCAGAAUAUGCCUAUGUCCUUAGAGAGCAAGGUUUAGUGUACACUAUCACAGAUGUGGAAGAGGUGCAUCACUGGAUGGUGAAACAUUUCACAGAACACCCACUAUUUGCUAGACUUUCUCAGGAAGAACAGGAUGCUGAUCCAGUUGUGGCAAAACUUUACAAUAGUACAGAAGAAGGUCAGAAGGUGACGAGAAAUGAAGGACAGAAAUGGCCUGCAGUAUUUAGGAGGAUAGCUGACCCAUAUAAAUCUGAUAAUACCUAGCACUGGGAGUCGGAAGUUAACUUUCAGGAUAACAGGACAUGACAUAAUUGCUGGAGUGAUCAGAGGUAGCCAGACCAGAUUGUGAUCACUAGCCAGGGUGAAAAUCUAGGUGAAAUAACUUUUAUUUAGUGAAAAUGAUCUCAGAUUUGGAUGUUAUGUGAUUGGUCAGGUUUCCCUGGAUGAGCCAGACAAGUUAGAUAUUGGAUUAUUUUGCUACAUGGUCAUGGCAGGAUACCAGCAUACCAAGGAU